GGUGCAAUGACGUGACGUCGCUGUCCUGGUUGCCAAGGAGACGCGAAUACCGGAAAUGCGGAAUUCGGGGAGGGCGCACGCAAGGGCUGUGGGCCAGAGGCCGGGCGUCACAGGUCCUGACAGGGAAGAAGUUGGCAGGUCCUGACUGGAUAGAGUUGUGGCGGAGGCACCUCCGCGUCCACCCAGCUCUGGGGAUGAAUUCGCGGGUCGCGGCCGCUGGGGCUGGAGGGACUGAAACAGACGCGAGCGAGGGUCCCGUGAUUGGAGGUGCCAGUCAGGGAUCGACGGUCUCGGUGCCCAAGGGGGUCGCCCGGUGGAAGCUCCUCCGACAGGUUUUGAAGCAGAAACAGCUGGAUGACUGUCUGAAACAUGUCUCUGUGAGAAGAUUUGAAUCAUUUAAUCUGUUCUCAGUCACAGAAGCCAAAAAAAGGGAAACUGAGGAAGAGGCUGGUGUGUGGGUCCAGUACACAAGCAUCCUUUAUCCCGAGUACAGCAUCUCCUUGCGGUUUAAUAGUGGAUCCUUGAAUGUUGAAGAUGUUCUUACCAGCUUUGACAAUACAGGAAAUGUCUGUAUCUGGCCAGCUGAGGAGGUUUUAGCUUACUACUGCCUCAAGCACAGAAAUAUAUUCAGGGACCUUGCUGUGUGUGAGCUCGGGGGUGGCAUGACAUGCUUGGCUGGGCUCAUGGUUGCUAUUUCUGCAGAUGUCAAAGAAGUUCUGUUAACUGAUGGGAAUGAAAAGGCCAUCAGAAAUGUGGACAGCAUCAUCACAAGCCAUCGGAAGACGGGCGUGUUCAAGGCUCAGAAAGUGUCAAGCCGCGUUUUACGAUGGGAUAAUGAGACAGAUGUCUCUCAACUGGAAGGACAUUUUGACAUUGUUAUGUGCGCUGACUGCCUGUUUCUGGACCAGUACAGAGUCAGCCUUGUUGAUGCAAUAAAGAGAUUACUCCAGCCCACAGGGAAAGCAAUGGUAUUCGCCCCACGUCGAGGGAAUACAUUCAACCAGUUUUGCAGUCUAGCUGAAAAAGCUGGUUUCUCGCUCCAAAGACAUGAAAAUUAUGAUGAACACAUUUCAAACUUCCACUCCAAGUUGAAAAAAGAAAACUCGGACUUAUAUGAAGAAAACCUCCAUUACCCCCUUCUGCUUAUUUUAACCAAAAUGGCAUAGAAAACAGAAGGAAAAAAAAAUCAGAUGCCCUGGGAAAUGAUUUUCACGAGAAGAGAAAUCUACCACGGGUCCCCUGAGACCCAGGACCGCACCCACCCUUCCACAUUCCACAUCUCGGUUCUGAUACUCCACCCACCAGGGCACACUCUUGGGUGGACCUCCCCAGCUCUCUCACCUUCCCUGCCUGCGCUCAGCUUGUUGCUUUUCACCCCCAACCUCUGAGUGUUUUUCUGUGUCAGCAGCCUGUCUGAGAUCUUGUGAGCAGUCUAAAUAUUUUUCUCUCUAAAGCAGAAUUUCUUUUGAUGAUUCCCAUCUCCCACCCCCUCACCCCAUUUUUUUUUUUUAUUGUCUUUGUUCUGUUUGGUAAUGGUAGUCUAUCUGUAAAUACAGAAAACAUCACCUUUCUUUUCUGGUUAAAUAAAUAAAUAAAUAUUUAUCUCCGUC